ACCAAUGCACAUUAGCAGGAGCAGUAUCAAACAAGCACAUCCUGAUCCGUCUGACCUCCUCGUCCAAAGCUACCCGAGGCCAUGGGGCUCUGCGCGUCGAUGCUGCAGCGGAGGACGGAGAGGCGGUACCCCGAGCCGAGGCGCGGCACGGCGGAGGCGCUGUUCGUCGUCAGAGGCGACCGCCGGCCGGCGAACCCAGAGGCGCUGGUGGUCCGGGUGCAGGACUCCGGUCGAACACAGCUCCGGAGACAUGGCAGGGAGGAGAGUGGAGGACGCGGGGGGUGCUGGCGACAAGGCACCGACGCGCUGGACUGGAUGAUCGCCCGCGCUCGGAUGCCCCGGCUGCCUUGCGCGGGCACCGGGACCGUCGGGGUCGAGCCGGACGCGGCGUUGCGCACGCGUGAGACGACGGCGGCGGGCCGAGGUGCCCCGCCAGGGCACGGGGUCGAGCCGGAUGCGCCGUUGCUCACGCGCAAGACGACGGCGGCGGCGGGCCGAGGGGCCCCGCCAGGGACGCGCUGGACGCCACCAACGGCCCCGGUGACGCCGACGCCGCCCUCGCCGGCCAUGACGCCCAUGGGCGGGGCGCCGGCGGCACCGAGUACGCCGGCCUCGGCAGCCAUGACGCCGGGCCGGCCGGUGUGGCAGAGGAGGAUACUGAUGGGUAUGCGGUGCGAGCUGCCGCGGUUCAGCGGGCUCGUGCUGUACGACGAGCACGGCCGGCCCAUCCAGGUCGGCACCCCGGGCAGAAGAAACCACCGCCAGGGGAAGAAGAAGACUGCCAGGACAUCUUCCACCACAACUCUCAGGGACCUCCUGUAGGCUGUAGCUAGUUGCGAUUCAUUGACAGAGAAGCUGAACGAAUGCUUCUCCGCCGAAUGCUCUGCUGUAAAGCGGCAAAUACUUCUCAUGCGAAUAUAUCAAUGUUUGGAGGUCUUCACUGUAACAUUGCGACUUACAUUGUUGGGAAAAUUGACCGGCCCGUGGACACUGAUGCGGGAGCCGGCCAUCUAACCAUGCCCCGAAUUAUCUGUAUUUUUUUCUUCUAA